AUGUUCAUGGUUUCCCUUUUUUUGAGGGACUUCAAGAGCAAGCUGCGAACCACAAAACUUUCUCUGCCUUCGCACGAGGGCAACAACGUUUCUACGAAAUCCCGCUUCACCAUGAUCGUCCUACCAAUUACGAAAGUGCAAUCUAUAAAUAGCCGAUCCGGAAUUCCGACGAGUGAUUAUUACAAGCAGCAAAAAGAUGACAAUGGGAUUGAGAAACAUCGGGAUGAUCUGAUGAACAAAUGCACUCUCAGCUUCUGCCAGGUGGUCGCACAGCUCGGCAACUUGACGUUCCCGGAGAGAUGCAUUGAUUAUAGAGGCAGUCCCUUGACCUAUUUGUUGGAGGAUGUCUUGGGCGGAAACUGUAAAACCGCCGCUAUUUUUUGUUUAAAAGUGAACUGCUGCUCCGAUGACGCCCAGUAUUUUAACUACCUGGCUACGAACAUGGCAAAGGUCCUUAACUUUCCAGUCGUCAAUACAGAAUUAGUGCAGAAGCUGCUGACCCAGCAUCGAGCCCGAGCGAUUUUCAAUAGCAGGAACAGCUGCUGCAAGAAGAAUUGUCAGCUGGGGCAACAUUGCGUAGCCAUGCCGGCUGGUCCUGACUGCACGCCGAUGAUCAACGUGAACAAGAUCAGUGACAAGUCGAAGUUUUAUCUAACUGAAGACGAGAAGUGCUCCAUCUUAGACACCAUCAGCUCUCUGCGUCUGCAGACUGAAUCUCUGAAAUACGAGCGUGACAACCUGAAAGAAUCAUUCGACCUUUACAGGAAACAUUCAGAGGUCAAGGUCAGUGACCUCGAGAGGCAGGUUCAUGACCUUGAGAAGGAAAUCUCCGAGGGCAGGACGAUGUUAAGUUUGGAGAAGGAUUUUUCUAGAAAGUUGGAGAAGAAAUUGGAAGAGGUUGAUUGUGGUCAGUUGCGCGCCAGGUAUAACAGCCUGGUUGAGGAGGUGCAAAAACAGAAGAUCGAAUGUGGUAGCUGCCGGUCGAGCGGUAGCGACGCUGACGUCGGUGGCUGCAUAGCGGGAGAGAGAGAAGGAGAAAGAUUGAGGAGAAGGAAUGAAAAACUGAAAGGAGGAAGAUGUAGAUGUGGUGACGGUUACGAUGACGUCAUUCCAAAUGGCGUUAUGCUGAAGUUGAAGGAAGUUAUUAAGGAACUAAAAGAUGUUGUCGAGAGUUCGAAGAAACAGCUGAACAGCUUGUCCGACGUCACACUGAACCUACGUCACUGUGGUGGGGGACAGCAGAGCCCGCCACCAGGCCACGUGAUCAAGAUGGUGGAUAGCGCCAUUGAUGAACUGAAGAGUUGCUACAACAUCAUGAAGAGUAGUUAUCAGAACCAGAUUAAGGACCAAUCAGAAGAGCUCAACCUCUUGAAGCUGCAGAUGCGUGAUACCCAGAAGAAACUGUCGCAACUAACUGCUAGAUAUUUGAUAUGUGAAAGAGACAGGACGAUCUUGGAGACGGAGAACACGACAGUUCAGAACAGGUUGAAGAAGUGCCUGGAGGAUUGUAGGAGAAGGAUAAACAAGAUGGCCGCCACUGAACACAUGAGCAGGGAGAGCCAACUGACCCAAGCUGUCCAUUUCUACAAACGUAAACUGGCCAUAUUCCUCAACAAACACGAGAGGCUGCUCGUCGCUUAUAGGGAUAUAUACGAGCAAGUGAAGGCCAAAAACAUAAAAAUCGAUCCAUCCAUCAUUCACGACUACCUCGAUAAAGUCAAAAAUGUUGGUGAUAACGAUGUAAAUGUUGGUCAGAAACGGGCAGACAAAAUUUUGAAAACACCCAGCCUUGGUAAGAAAGGUGAUAAUAACAAGAAGAGAGUGAAUAUUAAUGAUGGAGAUGAUGAUGAAAGAGAGAGGGUGAGAUUAUUGAAGAGGAAUUAUCUAUUGAAAGAGGAGAUUGGCCAGUUGCAGAAGUUUAAAGAUGAAUUCGAUAACAACCAAACACCGCGCCAGCAGGCCUCGCCAACUGGCGCAGCGAAAGAUUUUGAUCUUUUCAGACUUCACAUCAAUGUGCCAAGAACUGCAACUGAAGAAGAUUCAAGGGACAGAUCAAAUGAAAAGAAACAGAGGAAUUCAAAUGUUGUCGGUGAAAGAGUAGAAGAGAGAGAGAGGGCAAGAGAAAGAGAGGAAGAGUGA